AUGCAGCACCACUGGCACACGAGUGAGCUCGCGGCCGCCGUCAAGUACCGAGUGCUACAGGGCGGAACAGCAGAUGGCUACAAGAGUCGACUCGUGGCGCGUGUCGGUGUGUCCAGUGAGUACGUGGAGCCACUCGUCGACCGCGCGUUCGCCCUGCAUCCCGCCAUGUACACGGUCCUUACGAGCGAAGACGAUGGCGAUCCGAAGGAGCUGCCGGAUCUUAUUUGGGACGAGUAUGAAAAUCUGGACUGGACCAAUAUUUUGACGGGUAGACUCGUGGCCAACGCGUACUGCGUACGCAAAGGGCUGUCGCGCAAGGCACAACUAUCCAUUUACCUGUCCAAGUACAUCAAGAAGCACGAUAGGUGCAUACUGAGCAAGGCCGUGCCGCGCACUGUGGUACUGGACACGUGGGAGGCGCAUGACGAUAGCAUGGCGCAGUUUGGCAUCUCGUUCCGCCAGCGAUUGGAUGCGUGUUUGUGGGAAGUGAAGCAGAUACUUGAAACGGAGACGAAGACGUGGAUCAUGAAACCGAGUGCGACGAACAAGGGCGCCGAGGUGAACGUGAUCAAAGACUUUCGAAAGUUGCGCACGAUCGUCAACGAGUGGACCGAUAUCCGGGAAUGGGUAGUCCAAGAGUACAUUGAACGACCACUGCUGCUGCGUGGCCGCAAGUUCCAUAUCCGCGCCUACGUGCUAGCUGUUGGUGGUCUCAAAGUGUUCGUCUACCAACACUGCCUCGUGCUUUCCGCACUCGAGCAGUACUGCGAGAAGGACACGGACAACAACUACUCGCAUAUUACGAACACUUUCCAGCAACAGAGCCACCCGGAGUACGUCGAGAGCGAGUGUGUGAUGUUGCUGGACGACAUCGAAGAGAUUCUUGCUGAGCAAGGCGUCGUCGAUACUGCAAGCAAGAAAGCCAAGAUUCUGGUCGACGUUGGUCGCAUUACUGCCGAGGCGUUUGACGCAUUCAAGGGCGAGUUCUCGGUGUUUCAACCGCUACCCAAUUGCUUCGAAGUUUACGGCGUAGACUUUAUGGUUGACAAGGAUUUUGACGUGUGGCUUCUGGAAUUCAACCCCGGUCCGGACUUCAAACAAACAGGUGACCGCUUGCACUUCGUUAUCCGCGACCUCAUGGCCGACACGCUACGUGUCGUUACCAACGAGUUUUUCUCGGAGAACAAGGAUGCGUCAGCUAAGGAAGCUGAACUUGGUGCAUUUGCUAAGGUGUAUGACCAGCAGUGGGGAGCUCUUUCCAAGGGUUCGUCAAUGAAGUUCGUGGAUUCCGCAGAGGCUAGCAACCAAAUAACGGUGCACAUGGACAAACUUUAG